GGUUCAGAGUCGUCUCCUGCCACUACAUCCUUGGAUAAUCCUUUAGAGCCAUGGCUGCCGCUGCUGUUGCAACACCCGGCGCCACCGUGCUGCCAACAGGACCAGCGGCUGCAGCAGGACCUGCCGCAGCAAAAGCACCGCCAACUGGGGGAAAGGCACCCGUUAACCUGGUGGAGAUUGCCGGGGAGGCGAACAUUGUCAACUACAUGAAAAAUCGAUUGCGUAAGGGGGCCAUGAAGAGGAAGGGUCUUGAGAUUGUGAACGGACACCGGUUUGCGGUGCGUUUCUUCAAGCAGCCAACGUAUUGUGGCCACUGCAAGGACUUCAUCUGGGGCUUUGGCAAGCAAGGUUUUCAGUGCGAGGAAUGCCGUUUCAAUAUACAUCAGAAAUGCUGCAAGUUUGUAAUCUUCAAGUGUCCUGGCAAGGACACGGACUUUGAUGCCGAUUGCGCCAAAGUGAAGCAUGGUUGGAACUCGACCACCUACACCACGCCCACCUUCUGCGAUGAGUGUGGCAUGCUACUCCAUGGUGUGGCCCAUCAGGGUGUCAAGUGCGAGAACUGCAAUCUGAAUGUGCAUCACCAGUGCCAGGAGAAGGUACCGCCGAUGUGUGGCGCGGAUAUUAGUGAGGUGCGUGGCAAGCUCUUGCUUUUUGUGGAGCUCAAGGGUAACAAUCUUAAAGUGGAUAUCAAGGAGGCUGCCAAUCUCAUUCCCAUGGACACGAAUGGCUUCAGUGAUCCUUAUGUGUCUGUCCAAAUGCAUCCAGAUCGCUCUGGUCGCACCAAGAAGAAGACCAAAACCAUGCAGAAGAACCUUAAUCCUGUCUUCAAUGAGACCUUUACUUUUGAGCUGCAACCUCAGGAUCGGGACAAACGGCUGCUAAUUGAAAUAUGGGAUUGGGAUCGUACCUCGCGCAACGAUUUCAUGGGCUCAUUCUCAUUUAGCCUAGAGGAGUUGCAAAAGGAGCCCAUCGAUGGUUGGUACAAAUUUCUGUCGCAAGUGGAGGGGGAACACUAUAACAUACCCUGUGUGGAUGUGAUCAAUGACAUGGCUCGUCUGCGUGAUGAGGUGCAACAAGAUCGCCGGCCCAAUGAGAAACGACGCAUGGACAACAAGGAUAUGCCCCAUAAUAUGAGCAAGCGUGACAUGAUUCGUGCCGCGGACUUUAAUUUUGUCAAGACUAUCGGCAAAGGAUCCUUUGGCAAGGUCCUGCUGGCCGAGCGUCGUGGCACGGACGAGCUGUAUGCCGUCAAAGUGUUGCGCAAGGAUGUCAUCAUACAGACGGAUGACAUGGAGCUGCCAAUGAAUGAGAAACGCAUCCUUGCACUCUCCGGUCGUCCUCCGUUCCUGGUUGCCAUGCACUCCUGUUUCCAGACCAUGGAUCGCUUGUUCUUUGUCAUGGAGUACUGCAAGGGUGGCGAUCUAAUGUACCACAUGCAGCAAUAUGGACGCUUCAAGGAGUCUGUCGCCACUUUCUAUGCCGUGGAAAUUGCCAUUGCCUUGUUCUUUUUGCAUGAGCACGAUAUUAUUUAUCGCGAUCUAAAGCUGGACAAUGUUCUGCUGGAUGGCGAAGGACAUGUUAAGCUGGUGGACUUUGGACUCAGCAAGGAAGGUGUAAGCGAUCGACAGACCACACGCACCUUUUGCGGUACGCCCAACUAUAUGGCACCUGAGAUCAUAAGCUUUGAUCCUUAUUCCACCACGGCUGAUUGGUGGUCCUAUGGAGUGCUGCUCUACGAGCUGAUGGCCGGACAGGCGCCAUUUGAGGGCGAUGAUGAGGCCACUGUUUUUCGCAAUAUUAAGGAUAAGAAGGCCGUAUUUCCUAAGCAUUUUUCGCAGGAAUCCAUGGAUAUUAUCACCAGCUUUCUGGCCAAGAAGCCAAAUAAUCGUCUGGGUGCUGGACGCUAUGCCAAGCAGGAAAUCACAACGCAUCCUUUCUACCGUCUAAUCGACUGGGAAAAGGCCGAGGCCGGCGAAAUGGAACCUCCCAUUGUGCCGAGGAUUAAACAUCGCAAGGAUAUUAGCAACUUUGAUGACGCUUUCACCAAGGAGAAAACGGAUUUGACUCCUACGGAUAAGCUCUUCAUGAUGAACCUGGAUCAAAAUGAUUUUAUUGGUUUCUCUUUUAUGAAUCCCGAGUUUAUAACCAUUAUAUAAGCUUACUGGCUAUUGUGAACAUGAAAAAGCUCUGAAUUAACUGCAUAAUAAAGCUCUAUGUAAAGCUAAGGCAUAAACCUGUGA